UUUUGAUCACUUGACCAUUACUCACAACGCCACCUAGCAUCAAGAUUAAGCAAUACCCCUAAAAGAAGAGGACAAGAGAAGAUCGUUUUUAGUUUCCUAACGAAGAAGUAUCAAAUUUGAUCAUGUCUGGAAAAGGUUAUCCAACACAGCCUUCCUACCCAACACAGCCUUCCUACCCAAGACAGCCUUCCUACCCAACACAGCAGUCUGCUGGAUACCCCCAACAGUACCCACAGCAGCAAAUGUUGCCUCAGGCCUAUUCUCUGGGCCCACAGCCUCAGGCAUACAGUCAACCAAUGCAGCCUCCACCUUAUGCAGCUGCUCCGCCUCCAGCCUACACAGCUGUAGCAACAAACCCGAUGCCAGAGCAAUAUGGUGGGCAGAUCCCAGCCCCUGCCAGGUACUACCAACAGCCCCAACAGACAGUGCAAAUGGGUGCAAUCUUUGACAACGGCUGUAGAUUUGAUGGAAUAGCCCAACCCAAUAUUCCUCCAGCACCUCCUGGUUACCUCCCCAAUCGGGCCCAGAUGGCUGCGUCGCAGGGUCACAUAGUUCAGGGAAGUCAGCGUAACACAGGAUUUUUUGAUGGCGGUUCUGGUGGAGGUUUCACCUGGUAGAAGACUGAAGGGGCAAAUGGUCGGUCAUCAAAAUCCAAGGCACUUCGAUUGAACAAUGUUAUGGAGGUGUUGGACUACUAAGAAGUGACUUCCUGUGGGUAUAGAAAAAAAUCUUCUCAGCUGAUUAUCAAUGUAUUGUAAAGUUCAGAGGUAUAUUUCAAAAGCAUUAAAGAUAAUUUCGUUUUUUAAGAUGCAUUAAAAAGUUUUAGAAAAUAUUUUUGAGUGUACAAUAGAAAUUUGUAUUUCAAAAUUAUUCUACAAAUAUGAAAAAUUAAAGCACUAGUGGUGGAUAUGGACAUCAUUCUGCUAUUCUGUCAUAUCCUGUAUAAGCCUUUUAACAGAGAAAUAAGAAAGUAUAGGUAAAAGUAACCAAGUUAAGGUGAAGAAUAAUGGUCAUUUCCAUUAACAGUGCCAUAACGUAUAUAGGAUUUGUAGAAGAUGUAGUCAUGCUGCUGUAUUCUGUGAUUGUACCUCUAACAGUAUAAACAAUUCAUACCUGGGAUCUGUUCAUUACCUUCAAAUAUAUCAAUAUACAUUCUGUCUUGGACCAUAAUUUCACAUAUUUCAUAAUUUUGUAAAAUUAACAAAUUUCAUAAAUAAGAAUGCAAUUUUAGUUUUCUGUUUAGAAUUUAUGAACCUUUUUUUUUUGGAAAAAAAAUCACAAACUAAAUGAUCAUUUGUUGCUGGGGGGUUUUCUCAAAAA